AUGUUCGAGUGCACGAUUGAAGGGCUUCUUCUGAAGCGCCUGAUGGAGUGUCUGAAGGACAUGGUCACAGAUGUCAACCUCAUCUGCAAUGCGAGUGGAAUUUCACUCGACUCAAUGGACGGAAGCCACGUUGCCGUUGUAGAUGUCAGACUCGAUGUCGAUCUCUUCCACAGCUACCGUUGCGACCGUCCCGUACAGCUUGGCGUUUCGGUUCCUAAUCUUCUCCUGGCGCUGCAGCCAGUCAAAUCGCCAGAGACUUUGGUUCACCUUUCUUCGCUCCACGGUGACGACGAGGACGACGAAGAGGACACGAUUCUUCACAUCAACAUCGAAGACCCUGAGAGCGGCGACACGUGGUCGAUGGAAGUCCGCCUUCUUGACGUCGAAUCCGAGCAGUUGGAGGUGCCUGAGCACACCGAGCACGAAGCGACAGCCGUGGUUCGCUCGAAGGAGCUCCAAGAGCUCGUUCGCUACCUCAACUCCCUUUCUGAGUCGAUCGUCGUGAAGAUGGACAAGACGCACAUCCACCUCUCCGCGCGUGGCGAUAGCGUCGCGGCGUCUCGCAAGAUGCAGCCCGAGAGCCUGGUCUGCACGAACUCAACUGAGCACGAGUUCGCGGCGCGCUACCUGAACAUGUUCCUGAAAGGCGCGGUGCUGGCCGACUUCGUCGAGAUCGGGUGCAGCCACGGGCUCCCCAUGCAGAUUUCUUUCCGGCUGAAGCUGCAAGCUGACCGCGAAAGAGACAGCAAGAAGAAGGGCGCUGACCGCAUUCCCGAUGUGAAGAUGGACGAAGAUGAAGGACCCAGCUCACGGAGCACUCUGUCCUUCUACUUGGCUCCAAGAAUCGAAGACGAUGAAGAGUAA